UUUCGAAGCAAUGACUCAAGUUCAGGACAAGGCGGUUGGAGCGGCGCUGCUGGCAAUUGGCUCGUUUGUGUUCACCUACUACAGCAUCUGGACGCUCAUUAUCCCGUUUGUCGACCUGGGCCACCCGGCGCGCAAGCUGUUCCCUCCCCAGUGGUAUGCGAUUGCUCUGCCGGUGCUCCUGCUCACUGUUGGAGUUACGGGCAUCUUUGGCUUCCUGUCGUUUGUCAUGCUCAAGUCUGGCAAGAAGGCAAAGUCCACAUAAAGAAAACUUUCUUAAUGUUUCA